AUGCAGUACAAGACUCUCUCGUUGAUGCUCCUGGCGGCCUCUGCUCUGGCUGCUAGAUCGUCGCAGAGCUCCGAUGAUUCCCAGAGCUCCGAUGAUUCCCAGAGCUCCGAUCUCCUCUUAGAGAACGACCCGGAUUAUAAGGAGUACAUGUCCUCUCUGGACUCUCUUACCGCCACCGGUUUCGCUGGUCCCUCCAACGUCGCUGUCCCUGAUAUCCCUACCUCGAUCGCCCAGGUGCUCGCGACUGCCGUCCCGACCUCGUUCUUGAGCGAGAUGCAGAACCCCAGCGCUGUCUCCUCCUUCGCCAGUGAAUUCAAGGAAGGCCACUACCCCAAGUGGUACGACGACCUCCCCAAGGAUGUCAAGGCCUACCUCUCCUCAGAGGCUCUCUCCAUCGCGGCUGCCGCUACCGAAACCGGUGGUUCCAAGGACUCUAGCAGAACCGCUGCCAGCGCCUCUGCCUCCAAAACCUCAGACUCGUCUUCAAACUCUGACACUAAGUCCUCCGCUUCGGAGGGUGGUGCCGCCCCUACCGGUGCUGUCGCUUUUAGCUUGGCUGGUGCGGCAGGUAUUCUUGGUCUUGCCAUUGCUCUGUAA